GUGUUUGCACUGCUCCGAGUGAACAACGCAUGUUUGCUGCCUCGGCAUCAUGUCAAGAACCACGCUCGUCCUUGAGGCCAGCAACGUUACUUCCCGUGCCCAGCUGGGCACCAGCCGAGUGACCGGCCGGGGUCCAUCGCAUCAAUCGAGCAGCCCGGGUCCCAUGAGAUACUAAGUCGCCCCUUAGUAUUUGCUUUUAGCUGUGCGGCACUGCAACCAGGGCUCGCUCACUGCAGUUGCAACGGGGCUCUCGCGCCCAAAAUUAUUUGUGCGCCCAACUUCACGACAAUGCGAUACGUGGCUUAAGUUUAAAAUGCUGACGGGCUGGCCGUAGCUGCUUAAAAGCUAUCUGCAGCGAGCGCGCCAACUGAGUCGCUUUCGCCGGGAUGUCUUUGCCGGAGAAUGGAGCCUCCGGGCCCGCCAGUGGUGUGCGACUUGUGCCUCUUGCGCACCAGUGGAUCGUGGGCAUCUGCUCCAUAGUCUUUGACAUUGAUGUUGGCCAGCGCGUCGAGCACAGCGUGCCUGCGGGCUGCCUGUCGCCGGAAGAAAAGCAGGAUGUGGCGUUUCACUCGUUCCCGGAUUCCAUGUCCAUGGAGCUGCAUGCACGGACGUCCAUCAAAGACAGCACCUUCUUCUUCCGCAUCAAGCGGCGGGGCACUCCUGAGGCGGCUGCAGCUGCAGAAGCCGCAGGCGCACGCGGCAGCACCGGCGGCUCACCGCCAGUCUCGGCAGGGGUCGCCGGCGCCGGCGAGGGGGCGGGGGGCUCGGAGCUGUUGCACGACCAGGCCCGCUUCCUGUACGGGUUUGUGUUUUGCCGGCAGCGCCAGGACCCCUCGCUGCGGCGCGGCGGCGAGCAGGUCAGUGUGGUGGUGCUGGCGGAGCACCCGCUGAGCGCGGCGCUGGUGCCGCUGAGCGCCGUGGCGGGGCACGCCUACUUCGGGGCGCCCGGGUCUGCAGCGCCGCUGCAGCAGGUGUAUGACGAGGUGCUGCGCUGGCCGCCCCCAGUGGCCGGCCCCCAGCUGCAGCUGCCCGUGGGCUUCACCGCCCUCAGCGCGCGGCUGCCGGCCUGGGCCACACUGCCCGCGCCCUCAACCACCACCGCCCCCGAGCAGUACGGAGCCAACAGCCUGCCCUACCUCCACCGCGGCAGCAGCAGCCGCUCCCUGGGCGCGGGCGGCAGCAGCCGCCGCCUGGCCGCCGGCGCCGGCGGCACAGAGGACGGCGGCGGCGGCGGCGGCGGCGUGUCGCGCGCCAGCAGUGGCUACUACGGCCCGCUGUCGCCCGCCGGCAGCAACCCGGCGCUGGCGGGGCUGGGCUCGCCGCCCAUGCACGGCUCGGGGCCGGGCGGGCUGCCGGGCUGGCUCAGCAGCGCGGGCGGCAGCCUGGUGGGGCCGGGCGCUGGGGCCGCCGGGGCCGCUGGGGCUGGCGGCUCGCUGGGGACCGGGUCGCCCGUGUUCAUGUCGGCGGGCGGCGCGGGCGCAGGCGCGGGCGGGCCGUCGCCGUUCAGCAGCGGCGGCGGGCAGCAGCAGGCUAUCCGGCAGCUGCUGGCGGUGCUGCCGGACGGGCCGCUGGACUCGGGGUCGGGGCUGGCGCAGGUGGGGUCGGUGCAGGUGGGGCCGCCCGCGGUGCAGCAGCUGGAGCGGCGCACCUCCACCUCGGGCGCGGCAGGGGCAGAGGCAGGGGCAGGGGCAGGGGAGGGCGGGCAGCAGCCAGGCACCGGCUCCGCCGCGACCUCGCCGCUGCCGCGCAAGGCCAACGGGGACGCCAACGGGGGCAGCGGCGGCGGCGGCGGUGGCGUGGGGGCGAGCUCGCUGGUCAGCGGCAGUAGCGUGGCGGUGGCGGCGGGACUGGCGGAGCUCAGCCUCAACGCGGGGCUGGGGCUGGGGCUGGGGCUGGGCAGGGGCAACAGCGCGGGCAGCGGGCAGCAGGGCAGCGGGCUGGGGGCGGCGGGGGCGGGCGGCGGCGGCGGCGGGGCGGCGUCUCGGGAGGGUUCGCUGCAGCACGUGGCUGGGCUGCUGGAGGGCUGCGCGCCCGCCGCACUGCCCUCGCCGCCGCCCUCUGCGGCGCGGGCCGAGGGCGGGCUGCAGCACCAGCGCAGCCGCACCUCCAUACAGGUGCCCAGCCGCGCCGCCAGCCAGGCCGGCACUACCGGGGGCUACAGCACUGCUGGGGGCUACGGCACUGCUGGCGGCGCCGGCGGGCACGACGACCUGCCGCCGCCGCCGCCGCCGCUGCUGCCGCCCGGGCUGGGCGGCGGCUCGGUGGGCGGUGGCGCGCGGAUGCACACGCAGGGCUCGGACGGCGUGGGCGACGACGCGGUGGGCCCCAGCAACGGCCGCGGCCCGCAGCAGCAGGUGUUCCGGCGCCACUCGCACGCGCUGGCGCCCCCAGCGGCGGGGUCCAACGGGGAGCUGGCGGGGGCCGGGGCGGCGGGCGGCGGGGCGGGCGGGGCGGCGGUCGGGCCGGUGCACGGCGCCUUCCACGAGGUGGACGUGUACACGCCGCUGUGCGGCCACCUGCCGCGGCUGUGGCAGCUGUGGGAGCUGGCGCUGCUGGGGCGGCCGCUGCUGCUGGUGGCGCCCACACCCGGCGAGGCCAGCGCGGGCGUGGCGGCGCUGCUGGCGCUGCUGGCGCCGCUGCCGUACAGCGCCGACUUCCGGCCCUACUACUGCAUCCACGACUCCUCCUUCGGGCGGCUGGCUGCGGGCGCGCUGCCCGGCCCCGCGGGCGAGGGCCGCGACGUGCCCACCCUGCUGGGCGUCACCAACCUGUACUUCGUGCGGGCGCUGCCGCACUGGCCCAACGUGCUGUCCAUCGGCAAGCGCGAGGGCGCGGCGGGGGCGGGGGGCGCGGCGGGCGCGGCCCCAGCGGGGGCGGGGGCGUUGGCGGCGUCGGUCUUCAGCGCCAACGCGGCGGUGCAGGCCCUGCGCCAGCGCACCCAGGGCGCGGCUGUGCUCCUGAGCGGCCACACGGAGGCGCUGUGGUCCGCCUACAAGCCGCUGUGCCGAGCCGACGGCGGACUGCUGGGCCGGCUGCUGCGGCCGGCGCCGGGCGACGUCAAGAGCAAGGUGGCGCGCAUCGCGUUCGUCAACAGCGACAACAUACGCAGGCACUUUGCGGAGCUGACGUCAGCCUUCCUGUCGCCCUUCAGCCGCUACUUCGAGCCGGGGCCCGACGGCCGCGUGCCCGGCUGGAACAGCGAGGAGUUCCUGUUCAGGCUGCGCAGCGCGGGGGCGGGGGCGGGCGCGGGGGCGGACGGGCUGCCGCAGGCGCUGCUGGACAGGGUGGGCAGCGCCUCCGCCGCCGUGGAGCUGUACGCCCGCUUCACCGCCUCCCUCAACUUCGCCGCCUGGUUCGCCGCCCGCCGCCGCCACGUGGCGCACCUCAUCCGGCCGCCGCCGGGGGGCGCGGGGGGCGGCGGCGGCGGGUCGGGCGGGGCGGGCGGCGGCGAGGGCGGCAUGGCGUCCUGGUUCAGCAGCGCGGCCAAGCACCUGGACGAGGUGAAGCUGAUUGGGCUGUUCUUCAGCACGGAGCAGCAGCUGACAGAGGCGCAGGCCGAGGCCGCCGCUCCUGACGCGGGCGAGGAGGCGGCCGCCACCGUGUCCCGCCUGCAGCGCGAGCUGCUGCUGCUGUUCUUCGAGAGCGGCAUGCCCGAGGAGCUGCAGCUCACCUGCAUCUCCAGCCCCGCCCGCGCCGCGCUGGUGGGGCAGCUGCCCGGGCUGUCGGCGGCGCAGGCAGACCGGCUGCAGCAGCUGGUGGCGGUGCUGCAGGGCGGCUGAGCUACGGGCCAAGCACGGCCUGCAGACAGGGCGCCCGCUUCUGGCAGUGGUGUGUGUGGUGGCUGUGGACUGAACGCCCUGAGGAGGCCGCACUGCAUCACGACAUUGGGUAUGCCUAGGUCGGGCGCCUCAUGUGGGUCGGCCUGUAGGCGCCCUGGCUUGACAGCGAUUCGUGUGAUCUGGCAUAGGGCCGUCAUGCGUGUGUGUGCGCGCGGCUGAUCGUGAUCCCUGCACGGGACUGAGGGCUCUGCUAAAUGACACCGCGGUGAAAUGACACCGCGUGCAGCAGCUGUAGAUUUUGAAUGGUAUCCUUGGCGCGUGCACGCAGGGGUUCCUGUCUGGUAGCGAAUUGUGACACGCGGCAGCGCGCAGGCUGGGACUUGCAGUGCGGUCGGCGGGUGAGCGAAAGGGGCUGACCAGACCAUUAAACGAGCUCGUGAUCAUGCGCCGUGACAGUUUUCUUGACACAGCAAAUCCGGCCGCGGCUGCCGAAAGCUUGGCAGUAAGUAGUGAAGGGUCUGCGGCGCCCAAGGCAUUGGCGCCUGAUGCGGUGUCUUGUGCAUGUACGGUACGGUAAUGUUUGUGGCCAGUGUUUGGCAGUGUGCAUCCCUGGUAACGGCAUUCAGUAGCGUGUGCCGGUGUGCGCCACAUGCAGCUGGCAGCGCCAGGGCCAGCUGUAAGCAGCUGCCUGGUAGGCUUGUACUGACAGGACUCACAGGACUCACAGGAGUCA